UGAUAUUGUAAGUAGAUGGUAAGCGUCCAGCUUACAAAUAACUGCUGGUGUUUCGAUAGAAUGAAGUCCGAGAGUCGUCCUUUCCAUAUUCUGGUCCACUGCAGGACACAUGCAUUGACAGGUGACGUGGUUGAGAACAAGUCAGUAAUUUAUCACUAAAGUUCGCGUGCUUGUUGAUCCACACGCGAUAACGUGACACAGCCUAGAGGUCUCAUGGCCAAGCGGGCUUCGACGAUCCGUAUUGCCCGGGCCGUGAUAUAACUACUACUUCGCCUGUGGGAGUCCUUCAAGAUAUACCUUGUUGAGCAUGUCUGCCAUGGACAAGAAAACAAACGAGUUCCUACCUGGUGUCUUGCCACCGCGUACCGCCAGGACGUUGUUAAGCGGCAGGAUAGUGGCACGAAGGAUGGGUCUGGUGGUACUGGCUGCUGUAUUCGCAUCCACUUUUAUAUGGAUGCUACCAUAUGGCAUUGUGCCGUACUACCCCUACCAGGAAGUCAAUGCAGAUAUCUGCCCCCAGGUGUCUGAACUUAUCCCAAAGUCUAACGGUGCUUUGUGGAAGACUUUGGGCGACACCUAUGAAACAGAUGCAUUCAAAAUGAGAGCGGUGGACUGGCUUGCAGGGGCUGUUAGAAUCCCAACAGAAUCCUAUGAUCAGAUGGGUCCUGUCGGGACUGACCCACGCUGGGAGAAAUUCGGUGCUUUUCACGACUAUCUGUUGAAGGCAUUCCCACUGGUUCAUGCUUCCCUUGAGGUGACGAAAGUCAAUACGUAUGGCCUGAUAUAUGUAUGGAAAGGAACGAGCGGCUCUCUAAAGCCUCUCUUGCUUGCAGCCCAUCAAGAUGUUGUUCCCGUGGAAGAGACCACAAUUGACCAAUGGCAGUAUCCACCUUUUUCUGGGUACUUCGACGGUGAACGGAUAUGGGGACGCGGUUCGCAAGAUGACAAAAGCGGGCUGAUAGGCAUCAUGUCCGCCAUGGAGAAUAUGUUGGAGAACAAGUUUCAGCCAACCCGAACCAUAGUUUUGGCAUCCGGGUUCGACGAGGAGACCAGCGGCCUCCACGGCGCUCAAACGUUGGCACCAGUGUUACUGGAGAUGUUCGGUGAAAACGGUUAUGCUAUGCUAGUAGAUGAAGGCUCUGGAUAUGGCGAACAGUUUGGUCGAGUCAUCGCAACUCCCGGAAUUUCUGAGAAAGGGUAUUUGGACGUGAUGAUAAAUGUUGCAUCUCCUGGUGGACACUCGAGUCUUCCACCGUAUCACACUAGCAUUGGCAUAUUGGCGGACAUGCUCGUUAAUAUUGAGAGAAAUCCGUUUGGGGUUCAUCUUGAAAGAGGUUCACCGACGUAUAAGAUUGCACAAUGUCUUAUCCACACACCUGACCUUCCUGCAUCGCUACGAAGAGACAUCAUUCACGCAGAACAUAAUGAACUUGCUCUUCGCCGCGCCGAGCAGGAACUUUUCAAGAACCCGAUGUUCAAAAGUCUCGUUGGAACCACUCAAGCCAUUGAUCUCAUUCACGGAGGGGUAAAAGUCAAUGCCCUGCCAGAGCAAGCUUGGGCUGUAGUGAACCAUCGCAUUUCGACGCAGAGUUCCGUCACUGCAACGAAAACGCAUGACACUGAGUUGCUCAUAUCGCUAGCAAGUCAAUUUAACCUAUCAUAUACCGCCUUCGGUGCUAGGAUAACUGAUGCUGAUGCUCCUGCGUUCGGCACCUUGACACUAUCCGAAGCUUAUACGCACGGACUUGAGCCUGCUCCAGUCUCACCCACUGGACAUGACGCCUUGCCUUACCGAUUGUUAUCUGGCACUAUCAGGGCUGCAUAUAACUCUCACAGAGGUCUUACAAAUGACGAUAGCUUGAUUAUCAGUCCUGGAAUCAUGUCAGGCAACACAGACACGAGGUACUAUUGGAAGCUGACCGAACACAUCUUCCGCUAUGGCCACACAGAUGGUGCUACAGGUGGAAGCAUCAUUUCUGGAGUACACACCGUCAAUGAGGCCAUUAAGAUCAGCAACUUCGUUGAAAUGAUUCGAUUCUUCACCACACUUAUUCUCAAUGUUGAUGAAUCGGAGUUACCCUGAGAGAGAAUUUCUGUAUUUUAGUAUCGCUACAAACGUUAAGAUGCGGUGCCCUUUGCAUGGCUGUAUCGGGGAAUAUUGAAAUAUAUAUAAGGCGUAGCGCGAAUAGUCGAGGUUUGGCG